AUGGAGAAGAAGCAGAAGAAGCAGCACGCGAGGUCAAGGAGCUUCACCGGCGGCGGGCUGGCCUCCUUCCUCAAGUCCACCGUCGCCUCCUUCUCCUCCACCUUCCCGUCCAGCGGCGGCGGCAGGAGGGCCUCCUUCAACCACCGCAACGCCUUCUCGGGCCCCAUCGUCUCCAUCGUCCCGCCGGAGGCCCGCGGCGGCAGGAGGAAUAAACGGUCGUCGGGGUACGUGACGCCCGAGCCGUCGUCGCCCAAGGUGUCCUGCAUCGGCCAGAUCAAGCGGAGCAGCUCCAGGCGCCAGAAGAAGGUCAACCCGUGCGGCAAGAACGGCGGCGCCUGCCCGCUCCCACCGCGGCCACCGCUGGCGGAAGCGAAGCCCUGCAGGCCCCCCAAGGGCUCGCUGCUCAGGCGGAUGUCGUUCUUCCGGCGCAGCAGGUCGCGUUCUCGGUCAAGUUCCAAAGAUGGCCUCAUCGGUAACGGGAAAGCGAUGGCGGCGGCGGCGGCCCCGGCUCCAGCGGCCCCGGCGGGUCUCGGCCAGAUGAGGCGGUUCACGAGCGGGCGCGCCGCGUUUCAGGACUUCGACUGGCGGGAGGAGGAGAGGAGGGGCCGUGACAGCGACGAGGAGGGCGAGGACGACGGGUUCGUCGCGCAUUCCGCGCCGCUGGUGCUCGGGGGCGGGGUGGUAGCCUCGGAGCCGAGGAAGGAGGUGAACCUGUGGAGGCGUCGCCCCAUGGCUCCUCCCACUCCGCUUGAGCUUCCCUAG